CCAGUGUCAACAGUCUGUCAUCCAAGCUAGCUAUAAGAGCCGCGCUGCGACUGGGGUCCAGCUCACAACCCACUGAGCUGAAGCACGGAACGCACGCACAAGAACUCGGCUAGAAUCGGAACUAAGUGGCAGCUUACUUUGGAAGUGUGCAGCAAGAAAAUUUCUAAACGUUGGUGACAGAGACUAUUACAUUCAACUUUUAUCUAAGGAUGGAUCCUCGAGGAAACACGCGAUUUAACGCGAGACUACGGCUCCCACUACGCCACAAGAAAAGGAGGCCACUGGCACAAACCGUUCCAGACCUCGACCAUGAGCCGCCCCCUUCUUACAGCGAGUGCUCCGCCUACUUCUACGCGCCCCCUUCCUACGAAGAGUCCGUUAGUGGUGGCAGCGCCCGCAGCGGCGGAAGACCCGUCGAGCGGCGACACAGCGUCAACCGGAUGAGCUGGGGCAGCGACACAUCGACGUCGUCGUCAGAAUCCUCCUCCUCCGCCCACUCAACGGCAUCUGCCACGCCCACCUCUUCGUCGUCCUCCUCCUCCCACAUUACCCCCACGGCUCCGCCCGGGCCAUCACCGCCCUUGGCAACCUCGUGCGCGACGUCAUCUUCCGCGCUUUCGCUGUGGUUGUCGUCGGUAUCGUCAACCUUGAGCUCACCAAGGAGUGUCGAGAAUCUUUCAGGACUCAGGCACAGGUGUGCGAGUUCAGACUCCAUCGUCAGCACGUCAGUUUCGUCAUCCCCUGACGUCAUCACCAGAAUCCAGCCGCGCUUGCGCAGUUGGACGCAGUGCGUGCGAUGGGUGAUCCAGUACACGCUGGAAGGGAACUUCAAAUCCACAGUGGCGCACUUCCAAUGUCUCGUAAACGAAGGUCUGCGCGUUUGUCGACAGCACGAGUCAGACACCGAAGCCUACCCCAUCCGUCUCGCCUCCCUCCGCGUCCCCAGACCCACGGUACUCAGUCUCAAGACCUGGAUCGAGUUCAUCCUCUGCGUGGGGUUCAAAUUCUCCCAAAGUCACGUCAACAACUUCAACCACAACAACAACAACAACAGUGAUGAUGCUGGUCAUCAGUACAACUUCUUGGCCAGAAUCUUGGAGAAUGCAAACAACAACAACAACAACAACGGCAAUACUGGGGACGAAUUGGGAGAGUUGUGCGUGAUCGUACCACGUGGUCUGGCACCUCGACGACUGAUGAAACACCGCGAUGUCUUGACCGGCUUGCUUGAACUUCCUUACAACGCUAUUAAGACAGCGGCCAACAUGUCGAGGACAGAAACGGAGCGAAUUAUUGCCCUUUUGACACCUCUCAUCCAGUCCUCUCAUGACACCUCGUCACCUACUGCAAACCACGCCCCUUCCUGGCACCACGCCCAGUCCGGAGACCACGCCCUGUCUCUAGACCACGCCCUGGUCCGGUCCGUCUGGGACGUGCACCGCCGCCCGGGUUUCCUCCUCCAGUCCCUGGGCUUCACCGUGUCUCGUCGCGGGGGCGGCGAGGCCGGCGGGAGAUGCCUGACGGUACCCGCGGGCGAGGCGGCGACGCGACGGUUCCAACUGGCCAAGGAUAUCUUGGAAAUGUUCCUCCGAACCUGACUUUCCGAAGUUCUAGAUCCUCAUACUGUGCCAAAUAAGACUAACUUGAUUCCCUCAUCUAACGUAUGAUUAAAGUAAACUGUAUUUUAAAAGGGAGAAAACAGAUUUUCUAAAAAAUCGUAAUCUACAAUCUUCCAAAACAUUUAUGGUUUCCACUUUUUUGCUACUACUAGCGAUAUAAAUUGAUAAUUGCAAGGAGGCGCAGGACGCUUCUUUUAUUAAUCAAAGUUUUAAUUUAUCUAAUUUGCUACUUAUUUUUGGCCGAUGCCUCAUUGGAAAAUUAAAACUAUUAUCUGAUGUUAAAUACAGAACUUGAGUUUGAAAACUUACCGUUUCGGGCCGCACACUCAAACAGCACGUGAUAGCACCAAUAGACUAAUUACCUAUUUAAUCAAGGGCUGGCUCGUUCAACAAAACGUGAAAGUGGUUGCUUUUUCAGAAACGCGCAGGAUCGUGCAUUUUGGCAAAGCUUGGUGCCACAUUUUUAACACAGUUUCACACACAAACGGUGCCCUAUAAGUGCCUUUAUGUAUAGGCCUAAAAUAAAUCGAUUAUUUUGCAAUGGAAUAAAUGAUAACAAUGUAAUCAAAAACAUAAACAAGUUCGCAAAUUAUCUAUUACAAAUAAAAUUUAAUUGCUUUUUUUUUACUGAAUUGCUAUGCUAGUUAUUUUAUUAAAUCAAUUGCAUAUGUACUGUCGACACUUGAAAACUUGUCUACAGCAUGCGUUUCGUAAUUAGCAAUUUGAAACAGUUGAAUUCAUGUAUAUUUAUUUAAAAUGUAAGGCUGAAGCAAAUAAAAAAAGAUCAAGUUCUUAAUAAAUUUGGAAACUUUCCUUGUUUUAUGUUUA